AUGGCGUCUGUGGCCGCGGAAGCUGGGGUUGCGGCUGGUGCGGCUGUGGGCUUUGGGCUCUUCAACUACAACCGAGCAAACUACCUCUACGAUGCGGAAUUCCGCUAUGAAAGGUUCAGCCAGGGCCGAGAGUAUGCCUGCGAGCAGCAGCAGCAGUAUCGAAAUGACUUGAGGACCCUCUCUGGACUGACAAUGGUCAAGAACAAUCAGUACGCUGGGCUGGCGGCUCUGGACAUGGCCCUCUGCGUUGCUCUCUACUGUGCUGGACGACUGGGCCUGCACGGGCCCAGCCCGCCGGGCUGGAUCAUGGGGCUUUGGCUUACCAAUAACGCGGCCUCCUUCAGCUUCAUGGGCCUCGCAAUCUUCAUGGCCUUGCACGCAUCCUUCCGGGCUCAGGCUGCUUCCGUCAACCUACUGACGCGCAAGAUCAGGGUGCCGGUGCCCUCCAUGCGCCAACUGGACAAGGCACGUCGCUUCAGCUCGGAGUUUGAACAACAGCAAUGGAGUGACAUCUUUCGCGUGCCCUACUUGACGAACCCCGGGGUGCCCAAGACGGAUGAGACGUCCGCCAAGGUGGCGGGCUCCUCGCACCGCGCGCGCUCGGCCAGGGCCCUUGGAGCCUCUGGUCUCGGGGGAAACCGAGGAACCAUCAUGCUGACGCUGGAAGCCGGGUAUUAUCCAUCAGAAAGACUGUGGCUCUGUGCUCGAUGGCUUCAGCCCCGUUCUCCGUCUCCCGCCUCCAUCAUGAGCCUUGCCAAGCUGCCCUUGCGCCUGGCGCGGGUGCGGGGUCAUGCGACCAAGGUGGCAGCUAUGGAUGCCCAAGCGCUCACAGAUCUUAGCUGGGCACUGGCAGUGCUGAACCACAAGGACAACAAGCUGCUUGCAGGCCUAUGUCACCAGCUCUUCGGCCGGAUGGAGGACUUGAGCCCGGCCAACCUGGCCAUCUGUGCGUGGAGCUUCGCUACGCUGCACUACAGGGACGACCUGUUGAUGAAGCGCCUGAACCGCCAGGCCUUAGGCCGGGACUUCGAGGCCCAGAGCCUGGCGAACCUGUGCUGGGCAGAGGCCACCAUGCGCUUCAAGGAUGAUGUGCUGAUGCACCACCUCAGCCACGAGGCUCUGCGGAAGAUGAACUCUUUCUCUCCUCAGCACUUGGCCAACACUGCCUGGGCUUUUGCCACGCUGGGUCGGCGUGCCGAGGUGCUGUUCAGGGCUCUGGAGCAAAGGGCGCUAGAGUUGCUGGAGUUUGAGAAGGAACUCAAGGAAGACUUUGUGCCCUUGGACCUGGCUUUGUGCGCCUGGUCCUUCGCCUGGCUGGAGCACGCGGGCCCAGACUCGCUGCUGCUGCGGAAGAUCGCCCAGGCGGCGCUGAGGCGGCUCGAGGAGUUUAGCACCCAACAGUUGGCCAAUAUGCUUUGGGGCCUGGACCACGCCAACUACGUUGACCCAGCCUUCUUCCGGGCUGUGGCGAGCUGGUGCUGUGCCAGGCCAAUGCGCUUCUGGCACAAAGCAGCUGGGGAGGAGCUCGUGUCCAUCAUGACGGCGUUGAGGCCCUACGCAGAGGGAGGUCAGGCCUGGGGAGAGCUGGAAGCCUUCUUCACGAAUGAGACUUUGAGGCCAUUAGCGCAGUUCCUGUGCGCCUCCAACAGCUCGGAGGGCUAUGUGCAGGGCCUGCGCCAGUUGAGGACCUACCACGCUGGCGCACUCUACACCAGUUGGCUCCUUCAGGAGCUCGGGAUCGCCUUCCUCGGACAUGGCGAUGCGCGGGUGGCCCAGAAGGUGGAGGACUUGACGAACUUCUACUUGCUGCCUCCGGAGCCACGUUGGUUGCCUGAUGGCUAUGACGACGACGAUGUGCAAGCCAACCGCGCAGAGAUCCCCAGCUUGCUUGAGCUGCUGGAGGUGAAGCGCCGGGUGCAGCCUUCAAGCCACUUCAUUGCUCUGCACUUGUCGGCCGAGUUGGUUGCAGGCGGUUUGCGGCGCAACAUUUGGCGGGUGGUGCCGACACGCCCGCCCCGGCGCUCCGGGCUCUGCUUCGUGCGCGGCGAGAAGCUGGAGGAGCACGGGGAUGACGACGACAAGAUGGCCGGGAUGCGCACGGCGACGCUCCGGGAUUACCAGCGCAAGCACCACGCAGAGGUCACAGCCUUAUCCCAGGUGGCGGAAGCCAUCUCGGAGAUACGUGAAGCUGCGUUCGAACGUGAGAGCGAGGUGAGCGGUUGGGUGGAGCUCUUCGUUCCGCAUUACCCGUGCUCCAGCUGCACAGGGGCCUUGGUGCAGUUUGCUUCGUGCCACCCGAAGAUCACUCUGCGGGUGGGCCACGAGGACUGGCGGCACUGGCUGCGGCGCUUAGACGUGCGCUGGGACAAGGCGGACCCGCGGCAUCAGGCGCUGUCCAUCAACGCCCGCCAGCUCCGGGACCUGGACCAAACUGCCCCCGAUGCCACGGCCAUCCCGGAGAACUAUCGCGCGGCGCUGCGUCGCACCCUGGGCUCUACCGGGAUCGGCGAGCGCGAGGAAGUGAAGAAACAAACCUUCUACUGA